CACAGGCCACGCACAUCCCACAAUCAUGGAUCAGAUCAAGAAGCGCAUGGAAGCUCUCCGCGUCGAGGCAGACGAGAGCAGCACCCGCGCCGAAGAGCUCAAGGUCAAGGUCAAGCAGCUGGAGUCGGAGACGACGCAGAAGGAGCAAGAGAUUACAUCCUUGUCACACAAGAACUCGGUGCUCGAGAGCGAGGUUGAAAAACUCGAAGCGCAAGUCAAGACCUACAAGGACGAAGCCGGUGCAGGCGCUCAGGCCGGUACCCAGGCCGAGAGCCUGCAGCGCAAGAUCCAAGUUCUAGAGGAAGAAGCUGAGGAGUCGGACAGGACGAUUCGUACGCUCAACGAGACACUCCGCCAAACUGACGUCAAGUCCGGACACUACGAACGAAAAGUCCAAGCUCUCGAGCAGGCCCGUGACCAGUGGGAAACCAAGUACGAGGAGAUGGCCAAGAAAUACGACGACACCAAGAAGGAACUGGAUGACUUUGUCAAGGAGAUCGGUAACAUCUGAUCUCCAAGUCAUGGUCCCUCCUUUGCGGUAGUUGACUGUAUCUAGUGGAAUAUUGAGUCGAGCGUCACUUUCAUCUAGUCGAGUCGAGUCGAGCGUACAAUGACAUGGAUUCGCUGCGGCUUUGGCGGACACUCGAAUAGAUGGCAGAAUCACACACCCUUCCAUACACCUACCUGCAUAUUUUAGUCUCCUACUCUGUGCUGCUUGCUGGGCGGGCAUGUACGCUUUAGAUAAUCCCUGAGCGAGGCGAUUCACAGUUUGCGGUCUCCACUCCAUAUCUCAUCCAAAUAACCAUUGUGUUGUUCCCCUUU